ACAGUUGUCACCGCCGUCCUCCUUCCACGACUUGACGCAGCUUGUCCUCCUUCUUUGCUAUCCUUAUUUUCUCUAUAACCCUUCCCCUUCUCUGUAUCUUACCCUCUAGACAUGGCAGAUUCGGCAUCCGGAUCUGCUGAUCGUUCUGUUCAGGUUAAACUCGUGCUGUUGGGUGAAGCUGCCGUUGGCAAAUCCUCCGUGGUUCUACGUUUCGUCUCCAAUGAAUUCCAGCCAAAUAAGGAGCCUACAAUUGGUGCUGCGUUCUUGACCCAGAAAUGUCGUCUUGAGGAUCGAGUGCUUCGUUAUGAGAUUUGGGAUACUGCAGGGCAGGAGCGCUUCCAUUCACUCGCACCUAUGUACUACAGAAAUGCCCAAGCCGCUGUUGUGGUGUAUGAUGUUACGAAAGCGUCGAGUUUAGAGAAGGCAAAGACAUGGGUGAAGGAACUUCAGCGACAGGCAAACCCCAAUAUUGUCAUUGCUCUUGCAGGAAACAAGAUUGAUCUCGUUCAGCCAUCACCAUCCCCACCAUCGACUCCUGGUUCACCCGAGCCUGAGGACGAAGCUGACGAUGCCACUGCCACUCCUGGAGAGAACGCCGGAGUUGAAGCUGGAGAGGGAGAGAAUCUCAGACAGGUGCCUCGAGACGAGGCGGAGGCGUAUGCUCAGGAAGCUGGUUUGCUCUUCUUCGAGACUAGUGCAAAGACUGGCGAGGGCAUUGUCGAGAUCUUCACUGAAAUUGCCAAGAAGAUCCCGAUCGACCAGAUUCUUGCUUCCACUCGUGGUGGAGCUGGACGUCCUGGCGCACCAGGUGCUCGGGCGGGUAAUGCGCAACAAACUGGAGGCGUAAAUCUGGAAGAGAAUAAUGCUAAGAAGGAUGGUUGUGCAUGCUGAUUUUAUCAUCCUCAGGACCCGUUUCAACUUCCUGUUUGUCGCUUGCACUUACGCUAUACUAUUCUGUCAUGUCCCUUGUACGAGAUUCCCCCUUGUUUCCUUUAUCCUCUCAUCUAUACAUAUGAUUUCUUCUUCUCCUUUGCAUUGUUACAUGUACAUGCGCUAAUAUUUGUCUGAACGACUUACACGAGGAUGUGGAUGGACGUACUCUUGAUGCUGUGCCUUUGUUAUGAUGAAGUGGGUUUUGUUGUGCUGUA